AUGGAGAAUGGUUUUGACAAUCCUUUUAUGAUAAGUUUAGAUUCUCAAAUUGUUACAUCGAGAAAAACACGAUCUCCUAGAAAAAGGGUUAAUAAGAAUGAAAGGUCAACUGGACUUUUAACUAUAAGAGAAUUAUCUCAGUCUUCUAUUAUUAAAGAAUCUGAUGAUAUUAUUUUUUAUGAACAAAAAAGUGAAGAAAAAAAAGAGAGUCAAUUUAAAACAAUAUCAAAAAGUAGAUUAGGUGAUGACGAAAAAUAUGCUAUAGUCGAAUACAUGAAAACUCAAAAUGAUUGUAUUACUUUCUGUUUUGUGAGUAAGAGUUGUAAAAAAAUUAUUUCUGAAUUUUCAUACAACCCUGUUCCUAUUACUAACCUCUAUCCAUUUUAUAACAUUACUUCAUUAAUUCGAUAUUCAUCAACUGACCCAAUUAUUAAUACACAACAAAUUGAGAGAAUUAUUUGCACAUAUCCAGUUUCAUAUUCUGAAGCUGAGGAGUUAAUAAAUAGUGGUAUGGAAUGUACAAGAAUUAAACUAUCUAAAGAUGAUGUUGAAUUAAAUGGUAUAACUAUUCCAGAGGAAGUUGAUGUUAUUGGAGAAAAUUGUUUUAGUGAAUGUUUUAAUCUUCGAUUUGUUCCAUUUCCACCAUCAGUUCAUCAAAUAGAACGGUUUGCAUUUUCACGUUGUAGUUCAUUAACAACAGUUAUCAUACCAUCAUCAAUUACUAAUAUUGGAGAGGGAUGUUUUAAUGAAUGUUGUCAAUUAGAAAGAUUAUUUUUAAGUUCAAACCUAACAAUAAUUGGAAAUGAUUGUUUCAGUGGUUGUUCUAAACUAAGUUUUAUUAAAGUAGAAGAUGAAUCAAAAAAAUUUUUUGGAUCUGUACCAUAUUGGAUUGCUCAAUUAAUAGAAAUAGAAAAUAAUAUUCAUUGUGUUAAUGUUGAAUUUACUUCAUAUGAUAGAAAAAUUAAGGAUGAAAUUAUUCCUACUACACUUAAAACUCUUGGAGAGUUUUGUUUUUCUAAUUCUUUAAAUACAUCUAUAAUUAUUCCAACAAAUAUUAGUAAAAUAAAAGGAAGUUGUUUCUCAAAUUGUUCUAAAUUAAAAUUAUUAUUAAUACCAAAUACUGUUGUUGAUUUAGCUUAUUCAUCAUUUUUUAAUUGUUCCUCAUUAACAUCAAUUACAAUUUCUAAUUCUUUAAAAGAAUUAAAAGAUUCUACUUUCUCUCAUUGUUCUUCUUUAGUAAAUGUAACUCUUCCUUCUUCAUUAACUAAAAUUGAUUCACGUUGUUUUUCUUAUUGUACAUCAUUAAAAUCAAUAGAACUACCAUUAAAUGUUGUUCAAAUUGGAGAUCAAUGUUUUUCGCAUUGUUCUUCUCUUCAUCAAGUUAUUAUAUCAGAUUCUAUUACAAAAUUAGGUACAGAAUGUUUUAUGUCAUGUAAUUUACUUGAAAAUGUAUUUCUUCCAAAUAUUCAAUUAAUACCUAUUUCUUGUUUUGAAAAUUGUUCAAAGUUACUUGCAAUAACUAUACCUAAGGCAUCCAAACUAUCUUCUAAAUGUUUUAAAAAUUGUAUUGAACUUCAAGCUGUUGUAUGUGAUUAUAUAAAUAUUCCUAUAAAAUGGGAAGAAAGUAGUUUUGAAGGAUGUUCUAAAAUAAAUAAAGAAACAUUAACUAACUUAAAAAUAAACUAUCUAGAACAACACAAGACUCAAAAAAAGAAAAAAUAA